UCAGUGAAUCAAAACAUGACGCGAAAUUUGAGGACAACUGACACUUCCGGUCUGGACAUGACGAUAAGAGCAGUACCAAUUGGCACCUUUGAAAAUGAGUGCCACACUGAAAUUAUAAAGCACAUAGAUAUAAAUAAUAAAUCGCCAGUCCUUGAAUCCUUCGGCGAUAUUAACCGUGGGCCAAUCUCGAUUGCUGGUCCAUCUGUGGCUCGAGAGCUAUCACAAGAGGGCGAUACUCACAAUAUAUCGAAAGUGGCAUUCACAUCUGGAGAGGAAGCAACAGCCCAAGGACCUAGUUGGGAGAAGGAAAGAGCGAUGAUUACAACGUGCUCCUCACUGACAGGCGAAGAGAUGCAGCUUAUGAUGCUGCUCUUCCUGAAGUUGCAGUUCGUUGCAGAAAAAAAAGGAGCUGGAUGAAAGAUUUCACAAUUUGCAAAUGUAGUUUUAAAUGAAUAUAUCAUGAGCAAUAGAUGGAAGUACUUCAUCUUCAAACGUUCUUUUUGGAAAAAAAAACAAAAUAAUAGGAAUUUGCAUUACCCUACUGCAGUCG